AUGUCGUCCACAGACCAGCCCCCCUUCGACGAUCUCAGCCGGCAGGACAAGACACUCCUGUUGUUCGCCCGCCUGAUGGAGGGCGGCAAGGAGGAUGAGGAGACGGUAGCUAGCCUGGACACGCUGACGGGCCUGCUCAACGAUGACCCCGACGCUGUCAAGAAAGGCGAGCAGAGCAUCGUGGCCGUCAUCGACGCCGACUGUCUUGACACCAUCCUGGGUUACCUGGACAUGCGCCAGGCCGAGACGGUGCGUGCCCAUGCCACGCUCUGCACGUCAGCCUUCCUCAACGCCGCCGGAGACCACGGCCGCAAGAUGCUCUCCGAAUUCUUUCUUGCCCGCAUCCGCCGCAGCACCUACGAUGACUACAUCGUGGCAUUUUGCGUGGCUACCGCCAUGUUCCCCGUCGUCCCCGACCUGACGUCCGAGCUCUUCCUGACCGAGGGCUUUCUGCCUAGCUUAGGCCCGCUGAUGCGGCGUAAGUUCAAGAGCCGCAAGGUCGAGACCGCCUGUCUCGAGAUGCUCAACGCCGCCUGCAUGCAUGCCGCCUGCCGUGAGGCUGUUGAGAGGUACUGCAUCGACUGGCUCGAAGAGAUCGUCGACCAAGAUCCCGACGAAGUCGUGUGCUCGGCGCAGCACACCGGAGACCCUGACGUUAAUAACCACGAGGGUUCGUUGUACAUGCGCCGCCAUUCGCAACACGUCCAGAACCUGGCCGCCGUGGUCUUGGCCAAGCUCAGGGCCGUUCCCAAGCAACCUGCUCCUAAGAAACCUGGCGACAAGGGCAGUGACGAAAACGAUGAACCUAGGGUCCAGCAAGCCGAAACCAGCAUCGAGGACUUGUCCAAGAGGUUCAGCAAGAUGCUCGUCGACGAUCCGGAUCAUGCCCAAGUGUCGGUCGAGGGCCUGGCAUACGCCUCUCUGCAGUCUAAGGUCAAGGAAGAGCUCUCCCAGGACAAAGAGACCCUGAAAAGACUGGUCAGGACGCUCGAGAAGGCCCCUCCCAAAUCCCCUCUUGCCUAUGGCGCGCUCAGCAUUUUCGUCAACCUGACUCGAUACCUCCCCCGCGAGACUGAAGAGCAGGAGAAGCUGCGCCAGCUCAAGGCCUACGCCGAUGCAGCCGGCAAGUUGCAGCCGGAUUCCCUCAUGGAUGACGCCCACGUUGCGGCACGUUGCAAGCGUGUUUUCGAAGCUGGCAUCACCCCCGUGCUGGCUAUCCACAGCAAAGAGUCCUCUGUUGCCUCACUGACCCUUAUUAUCUCCAUUCUCCAUUCCAUCUCCGUAACUCAGUCCCUGCGCGGCCAACUCGCCCAGCAGGGAGCCGUGCGCGUGCUUCUGUCCUCCUGGUCUGCCCUCCCUGAGAAGGAAGCCCUCGCCCGCCGCACAGCUGCUCAAGCCCUAGCGCGCAUCCUCAUCUCUAUCAACCCGGCCCUCGUCUUCGGCGGCUCGCGGCCCGUCUCCCAGACAUCUGCCGUACGCCCCCUCACGACCCUACUUACUCCUGACGACAGCUCGGACACACGCGACCUGCUCCCAACCUUCGAGUCCCUCCUGGCCCUGACGAACCUCGCCUCAACCGACCACGAUACGCGCCGCACUAUCGUCCGUGCGGCAUGGGACAAGAUCGAGGAACUGCUCUUUAACAGCAAUUCCCGCGUCUCGACUGCAGCCGCCGAGCUCGUGUGUAACAUUGUGCAAGCGCCAGAGCAAGCUCAUGAACUGUUUGCAGACGAGGAGAAAAACGCCGUGAAAUGCGCGAAUAGGGUGAAGGUGAUGCUUGCUCUCUGCGACGCAGAGGAUCCCAAGGCCCGCUCUGCGGCGGGAGGAGCGAUGGCUGCGCUGACGCAAUUCGAAUUUGUGGUCAAGACUGUCAUCGCCCAUCCCAGGGGAGUCGACAUUAUAUUGGGCCUGUGCCGUGAGCAGGAUGAUGAGGGAUUGCGGCAUCGCGGAGCGGUGAUUGUGGGGAAUAUGGUCACUGCUGAGGGGGAUGUGGGCAAGGCUGCGAGGGAUGCCAUGGUAAAGGGGGGAGCGGUACAGGUGCUUGUGGAUUGUGCGAAACGGAGUAGGACUGCCGAAGUCGUGCAGGCCUGUGUUGGGGGGUUAGAGGUGCUUAUGGGGAAAGGGGAGUAA